AUGGCAGAAUCGCCACCCGACUUGGUGACAGCCAUCAAGUGGCAUGCCGAAAAUACUGGCCUUGAUCGUUUCAAGUCCUCCGGGAGAAGCGAGACAUCCCGUGUCUAUGCUCAGGAUAAGGCCACUCAAUUGGCUCGCGCUCUCGAGCGGCCGCAAAAUGCAAUCUUGAAGGAACCCAGUGGCUUUAUGGCCGUCAAGGUCGCCAUUGAUUUGGGCGUCUUCUCCGUGUUGAACGAGGCGACUAAGCCUAUGUCGUUGGAAGAGCUGGCGGUUGUCAAGCAGGCGGAUCCGUUACUUGUUGGGCACAUUAUGCGAUUCCUGGUUCUCAAUGGCUUCGUCGAAGAAGCUAGGCCUCGCGAGUACUUUCCAACAGCCAUAUCCCGGGAGAUGAACAAUCGAAAUUUGAAAUCCCUAUUCCUCGAGGUCCUCCCCUUCAUCCAAAAAGCCCCCGAAUACCUCCGCGCCAUCAACUACCGCAACCCCAUGUACGCUCCCCUUCAAUACACCCACAACAUCGAACGCGCAAACUAUCCCUUCUGGUGUGACUGGUUCCCCGUGCAAGAGCGAAUCUUAAACCACGAGGGGUUAGGUCCUAAGAAGCCGUUAUUGGUUGAUAUUGGUGGUGGACGUGGACAUGAUCUUAUUCAUUUCCGGGAACAAUUCCCUGAUGCUUCCGGGAUGCUUAUAUUGGAGGAAUUACCGUCUGUUCUUGAUGAGGUGCGCGCAGCGCGAGACAUGGAUAUUGUGGGUGUAGAGACGGUGGGCCAUGAUUUCUUUGCUGAGAAGCAGCCCGUCCACAGUGCGAGGGCGUACUACUUCAAACACGUCCUCCACGACUGGUCCGAUGAGAAAGCGACCAUAAUCCUCAAUAAUCUCAAACCCGCCAUGAGGCGCGAGUGCUCCAAGAUCCUGGUUGAGGAGUUUAUCAUACCCGACCGUAACGCGGCUCUACCUUGCAUGACUGAUAUUGCGGUAAUGGUGUUUUGUUCAGGUCUUCAGCGGGCCCGGCAACAAUGGACCAACCUGCUGCAAAGUGUUGGGUUGAAGAUAUUGAACUCCUGGGGGAGAGAGGGGGAAGGAUUGGGUGUUAUCGAGGCUGAUUUGCUGGAAGAGAACUUGACGAAUGGUUAUCAUUGA